AUGUCUGCGUACGGGUCUCUCUGCUACCUGAGUAAUCCUGUUGAAAUCAUGGCCAAGCACAGGGUGCUUGCUGAAUGGGAGUUGUAUGGGCAAGCACGUCUACUGGGAGCACGGGCUGGCCUUAGCCAUUCUUCCCUCAACAGCCUUAGUGCAAUUGCUUGCUUAACAUCUCCAUCGCCAGCCAAGCAACGAGCAAAAAUGGACGACAUUGUGGUGGUAGCCCCGGGAACGCAAUCCUCACGGAAUGUCAGCAAUGAUCCAGAUGUCAUAAAACUGCAGGAAAUUCCAACUUUCCAGCCCCUUUUGAAAGGACUCCUCAGUGGGCAGACCUCUCCGACCAACACCAAACUGGAAAAGCUGGACCCCCAGCAGGUGCUGCAGCUGUGUCUCCGGUACCAAGAUCAUCUUCACCAGUGUGCAGAAGCGGUUGCCUUUGAUCAGAAUGCGCUCGUGAAGCGGAUCAAGGAGAUGGACCUCUCUGUGGAAACUCUUUAUAGCUUCAUGCAGGAACGCCAGAAGAAGUAUGCCAAGUAUGCGGAGCAGAUCCAGAAGGUCAAUGAAAUGUCUGCCAUCCUCCGCCGUAUACAGAUGGGCAUCGACCAGACGAUCCCACUGAUGGAGCGGCUGAACAGCAUGCUGCCAGAGAGCGAGAGGCUGGAGCCCUUCAGCAUGAAACCUGACCGGGAGCUAAAGUCUUAGCUGAUCCGGCAGGCUCCCCCUCCUCACCUUCCACGCUCCAGUGUUCAGCACAGACGCGCUUCCAACGGGCUGGGCUGGCAGAUGUUUGAAGCGGACGGCAGUGCUGCCUGACUCUCUGCCAGGGCAUCGGAGGAAGAGCAGCGUCAGCUGCCAGAACUGCGCAGCCAGGAAUCCAGGAGCUCCCUGGUCCCGUCGUCUGGAGAAGAUGAUUUACCAUUCCUUCAGCUCCCUCCUCUUGCCCUCCUGUCUCCUUUACCACUACCACCGCCUCCGCCGAGACAUUUGUUUCAUUGCUGUGACUAGAUUGGGGUUUACAGAGGAGGAGUUUUCUUUCAUCUGAUUUUUUUUUUUUUUUACUAGAAAAAUUCAAAGGGAUAUGGGGUGUGACAAGCCCUCAAAAAUAUUUUUUGUGCUACUGGGGUUUAGACGAUUAGAGGGCUGGCAGGUAUUUCUGAGAUCCCCUGGCCUUGGAAACAUGUGUGUUUUAUAGAUGAAAGUGCGGGAGCCAGGAACUGGCUUAUUAAAAUCUGCCUAUUAUCAUAAUUAACAUGGUUUGCAUGGCAGGGUUUUGGCAUGUCCUCCUCGAGGCUCCUGUUUUUAUGGGCUCACUAAUUUAUGAGGCUGUAAAGGAAUAACUGUUCCAGAUACGUAUGUCUGUUAAUGUUAAGCAAACCUUAGCGCUCCUCUCCCCCUUGCCCUGGCAGUGUCCCCAUGCCCCAGCUGGUGGCAUUUCGUGUGUCUCACCUUGCACAGUGAUUCUGACAGGCAUUGGCACUGACCUGCUCACUUUGGGAUGCAGAGUUGGACACGAGGUGUCUUUUUUAUUUUUAUUGGGUCACUCCAGUUAUCUUGGUGCUGCCUUUUUCUACCAGAGGGAUGCAGUUGUUUCUUUACCUUCAAGUGUAUGGAGUUGGAGGGGGGAGAUAGGAGAAAACCUUUAGGUCUUCUCCUUGGCUUAGCCGCUGCCAUGCCAAGAGCUUGCCUGAGCGCGGUGUUUUAGGACUGAAACCAAAUGGCCCUUUGGGACCGCCCUCAGCGAACCGCUCCAGAGGCGACAGGAUGUUCUUGCCUUCUCCCAGGCUGAGGGCCCUGCUGGAAGGCAGGCAGUAUGUCCACGCCGCCCGGGCGCUGGGCUGGCCCGUAGGAGAUGGGUUGGUUGCCAAGUCUGCUACUGGUCUGCUGGCUGUAGGCGAUUUGCCAGCACCUCUCUGAGCUUUGGUUUCUUCCCAUAUAAAAUGGGGGGAUAUUCUACACGCUGCUGUAAAAAUAUUUACGAAUCUAGAAGUAAGGUUUAACAGCCUGCAUCGCCAUUGCGUGGCAGCUCUUGUCUGCAGCAGAAAGGGCGUGAAACCAAAGCGGGGAGUUUGCUGGGUCGAGGGUAGGUUUGUGUGUGUUUAUGUUAGUCCCAGAAUGCUGUUGCUGGCGAGGAGGCUGAAGUGCACCCAUGAACCCCAAGGGUGGUUGUACAUCAGGAGUGCAAUUCCAGUGGUGAGGACAGCUGUCUUUGAGAGUGUCAGUGUGACAGCCCAUCUUCCAGUACAGCACAAGGCUAGGUGACUUGCCAAAGGCAACUUGCUUCAAUACCUCUUAGUACUUAAGGGUGCUUAAUCAGCAAAAGAUGGUCUCUAAGCAUUUGGGAGUAAGAGCGCGGUAGGUUUUUGACGGUAUUAAUUUCUCCCUGGUGGCAGGAAGCAACAGGCAGUUUCUUGUUGCAUUCCCAAAGGCCAUGUAGCCUAGAGUGAAUUUUGUGACACAGACUGCAGCCAGCUUAGAUGUGUAACUGAACCGUAGCGGUGAUUGGACCCCAGGGCCUGCUGACCAC